AUGCUCCCCGAGGCGGGCUCCCUGUGGCUGCAUCGGCUGCUCCAGGACAUCCAGCUGGCCCAGUUUUACCGACCCAUCCUUGAGGAGCUUAAUGUUACUCGGCCAGAGCACUUCGACUUUGUGAGACCUGAGGAUCUGGACGGCGUUGGCAUGGGCCGGCCUGCCCAGCGUAGACUGGCUGAAGCUCUGAAGAGGCACCGUUCGGGGCUCAAGUCUAAGAACUGGGUCUACAAGAUCCUCGGGGGCUUUGCCCCAGGGCAGAAGGAGACCACCCCACCCUCAGACAACCUUCCAUCCCUCCCUGAGCCAGAUGGGGGACUCAAGUGUCUGAUCCCAGACCGGGCUGUGUGCAGAGGGGAGCUUCUGGGCUCCGGCUGCUUUGGUGUGGUGCACCGAGGGCUGUGGACACUGCCCAGUGGCAAGGCUGUCCCAGUGGCUGUCAAGUCCCUCCGGGUGGGUCCUGAAGGCUCCGAGGGCACUGAGCUAGGGGACUUCCUGCGAGAGGUAUCCAUCAUGAUGAACUUGGAACACCCACACUUGCUGUGUCUGCACGGCCUCGUACUGGGCCAGCCUCUGCAGAUGGUGAUGGAGCUGGCGCCCCUGGGCUCCCUGCACGCACGCCUGACCGCCCCGGCCCCCACGCCCCCGCUGCCCGUGGCCUUGCUCUGCCUCUUCCUGCGGCAGGUGGCGGGGGCCAUGGCGUACCUGGGGGCCCGCGGGCUGGUGCACCGAGACCUCGCUACGCGCAACUUGCUGCUGGCUUCACCGCGCACAAUCAAGGUGGCUGACUUCGGGCUGGUGCGGCCUCUGGGCGGCGCCGGGGGCCACUACGUCAUGGGCGGACCCCGCCGCAUCCCCUACGCCUGGUGUGCACCGGAGAGCCUGCGCCACGGGGCCUUCUCUUCCGCCUCGGACGUGUGGAUGUUUGGGGUGACGCUGUGGGAGAUGUUCUCCGGGGGCGAGGAGCCCUGGGCCGGGGUCCCGCCGUACCUCAUCCUGCAGCGGCUGGAGGAGGACCGAGCCCGCCUGCGUAGGCCUCCGCUCUGCUCCAGGGCCCUCUACGCGCUCGCCUUGCGCUGCUGGGCCCCCCACCCUGCUGACCGGCCCACCUUUUCCUACCUAGAAGGGCUGCUCCAAGAGGCCUGGCCUCCUGAGGGACGUUGCGUGAGGGAUGUCACAGAGCCCGGUGCCCUGAGGAUGGAGCCUGGUGACCCCAUCACUGUCAUCGAGGGCAGAGCCUCUUCCCACAGCCCCGACUCCACAACCUGGAAGGGCCAGAAUGGUCGCACAUUCAAAGUGGGCAACUUCCCAGCCUCGGCAGUGACGCUGGUAGACUCACCAGCCACCCGUCCAGCCCUCAGAGGCUCCCCUGCCCGGGGAGAGCGACACCAGGGAAACAUAGAUGGGGACAGAGUGAAGGUAAAGCUUCGGGAUCCCCCUCCAGCUCGGGGCCAGAGAAGGAAUGUGGCCCUGCAGAGGACGAAAGGCAUUUCCAAGAGUCUGGAGUCGGUUCUGUCCCUGGGCCCCCGCCCCACAGGAGGUGGGUCGAGCUCCCCCGAACUUCGACAUGCCAGAACUGUGCCCCAGGGACCCCCAGGUGUGCCCCCCCGCUCCCCCGUAGCCACCAGCUCCUCUUCCCAGCCCAGCCAGCCUCCCAGGGAGCGGCCUCCCUGGCCCAAAAGAGAACCCCUACACAGUCACCCUGUGGGAGCGCCUGGAGCCAGCAAGGCCACUGUCCCCUCUGGGGGACCCUUGCCUGACCCCGAGUUGCAGAGGAGGAUUAUGAAGGUGGAGCUGAGCGUGCAUGGAGUCACCCACCAGGAGUGCCAGGAGGCUCUAAGAGCCACCGGGGGUGACGUGGUUUCUGCCAUCCGGAACCUCAAGGUGGACCAGCUCUUCUACCUCAGCAGCUGGUCCAGAGUGGACUGCCGGCGUGUCCUGGAGCGUUACCAGUGGGACCUCUCAGCCGCCAGUCGCUACGUCCUGGCCCGGCCCUGA